AUGAAUCUAGGAUCAGAGGUCAUGAACUUUUGGAUUAGGAAACAAAUGCAUCAAUAUGAAGAUAAUAGAUUUGUCAUGCUUCUAUGCAGAAUCUCACAGGUAGAAAGUUUAGGAGGCAGAUUUGAUGGUAAUUAUACUCGUAGUGUAACUCUGAUAAGAAGUAUGUUAGAUAAGGAUAAAGAUACAAUAAUUAAUGGACAUCAUUCACAUCAUUCAUUCUUGGACAAUGGAAAGUUAAAGUCAAUAAAGAAACGAAAAUAUACAAGCUUUGGACUUGAAUUUGACUUGUUACCGGCAAUUUUUGAGGACAAUGCGGAUAAUGUUAUACCAAAAAUUGAGAUUGAUUGA